AUGAGUUUGCUUGCUACUAAAAUCUUCCUCCUUUUCCUGGUUUGGUAUGCUUCCAUUUCUCUUACCUCUUCUUCCAGUGUGCCGGAUGAGUAUUCCCGUUCGAACCUGGAUCUAGACAAUCUCGUUUCUGACACACAAGUGUUCCAUCUAUUCCAAAUCUGGAAGAAGGAGACAGGACGAGAAUACCAAAAUUUGGGAGAGGAGGCAAUAAGAUUUGAAAUCUUCAAAAGCAAUUUGAAGGAAAUCAGAGAGAAAAAUGCAGAAAGGAAGUCAGCCAGUGACUACAGCUUGGGUUUGAACGAAUUCUCAGAUAUGACGUACGAAGAGUUCAGCAAAAUGUACUUGCAUGAGACAGAGGAACCAAUGAUGGAAAUCAACAAUAGCGAAAUGAUAUUGAACGACGCAUCAUGUCCAGAUGCACCCUCUUCCUGGGAUUGGAGGACCAAAGGAGCUGUAACUCGUGUUAAAAACCAAGGCAGAUGUGGUUCUUGUUGGGCAUUCUGUGCGACCGGAGCUAUGGAAGGUAUAAAUCAGAUAGUCACUCAACAGCUUGUAGCACUUUCUGAACAACAACUCGUAUCUUGCUCCGGAAGUGGAGGCUGCAAGGGAGGGUCGACCUUCAAUGCAUUUAAAUAUGUCAUCAAGCAUGGUGGUAUUGCCUCAGAAAAAGUUUACCCAUAUACAGCUAACGCUAGUGCUUGCAAUUCUGCAGCGGCUGCAAACACAAUUGCUACUAUCGAUGGCUAUCAUGAUUGGUCGAAACCUAUAUCUGAAAGUUCCCUCCGUUGUUAUGUUUACAAGCAACCUGUUAGUGUUUACAUAUAUGGAAGCCGGAUUUUUUGCGCUACAAAAGU